AUGACCGGCUUUGCGAAUUAUUGGUUCAACACUGCGAAGUCUAAUAGUCGUUCGUGGUAUGUCAUUAUCGAUAUGCAUGGCGGCAAAAACGCGUACAUCGCGAACCAAGCAGGCGACUCAACCGCAUACGCGCAUCGUGACAAGCUAUUCCUUUACGAAUUCUACGAUCGUUCCUAUUUCGGAGGAUAUCCGGCAAAUGGACUAAGCUUCCUAAAUGGCUGGGUCGAUGCCAUGACGAACACCCUCAACUCGAGCCAGUGGGGCAUGUAUAUCAACUAUGCGGACCCGACAAUGAACAGGACUUAUGCCCAAGAUGUCUACUGGAGACAGAACGUACCAAGACUGCAAACCAUUAAGGCUGCGUUAGACCCGAAUGAAGUUUUCUACUUUCCGCAGGCGAUUCAGCCAAAGAAGUAG